UCAUUACUUGUGCCGCAACAAAUUCAUUUAUUAAAACACAAUGGUUUCUGACAGCAAAAGUAUGAAUAGAGAUCCUAAAGAUAAUUGGGAAAGUACACUUGAAUCUAAAUAUGUGAAAAUGUUCAAAAGCAAAUUUGAUUUAAAUCAAUUUCCAAACGAUUUCGAUAACUGGACCGUGCGAGAGCAGUGCGCGUGGAUAAACGAAAAUCUCGCUAUAUUUUUUCCAAACGUACCGAAUUCCUUGCUGGAUUUCAUUCCAGCGUUCUAUUACGAAGGAGACUGUGGCCGACCACUGGAAGAAGUACCCGAAUGGCUGGAUAUGGAUAAAUACCGUAGAGGGCAGAAAUUCGUACAAGAAAAUUACGCCGCAAUUAUCUUUGCCACAAUACUAGGCGUUAUGCACGUAUAUUCUUUCAACGAGGCUCUAAAACCAUUGAUUCUAUCAAAACGCUCUCAUACACCGUAUUUAGCGUAUAAAAGGUAUCUCUCGACUAUACAACGAUUCUUUAAUUGGUACGAAGGAAAACCCUGGAUUAAAGGAACAUCUGCCUAUAAGGACAUGCAGUCUGCGCGCAAAAUGCAUUUAAUGAUGCGAAAAAAAUUGUGCGGACUCGAUAAUGAGCAAAUCGACAAAGAGUCUAAAAUCGCGAAGCCGUGGUGCCCAGAUCGCGAAUUGUUUAUGCACGAUUUCGCCGAAGCUUGUCCAUUUGAAAAAUAUUUACAACGUCCCUAUCUCUUGAUUGACAAUUCCCCAUACAAACCGAAAAGUGUGAAUCUCGCGGAUAUGAUGUUGGCACAAUGCGGCUUCCUUAGCUUAGUUAUACUCUAUCCGGAAAAAAUUGGCAUACAUAAUGCAACCGACGAAGAUGUAGAAGCUUAUUGUCACAUGUGGAGAUGUUAUGGAUAUUGCCUCGGGAUAGAGGAGAAUUAUAAUUUUUGCCGCGACAGUCUCGAAGAAAUAAGACAACGCACUCGUGAUAUUUAUCAGUAUUGGAUAUUACCCAAUUUUAAGGAUGUUACACCCGAAUGGAUGCACAUGACGAGAUGUCUCAUCGAAUCGUUAAGUUACUUUUCUUGGAUUGGCUACAUGCCUUAUAAAACGACACUGUUAUUCUUUUCGAGUACGUUAAAUGUAAGCAUGCCGCGUUUGUAUGCAUCAAUGAACUAUGUAGAGUGGAUUGUUGACAAAAUCUGGACAUUUAUAUUUUAUUUUUUAAAAUUCUCAAGUUUCCGAGCAGUUUUCAAUAAACUGCUACGCAAGAUACUUAAAGAAGCAGCAGAAUUUAGCCCAAAGAAGCACGCAGAACUCGAGGAAAUGUCGAGAAAACAGUUAUCAAGUUUCUCUAUUGCACAGCAAUAAUAAAGCACGGCUGUCUAAGCUUCGAAAGUAUCAUAUUUGAAACGUAGUUUCUUCUAAUUAUUCUUCAAUAGAUUGAGUUAUUAGAACUAACAUCAUCAUUAAAGAAUUCUUUUUUUGUCCACUGCUGGACAUGAGCCUCUCUCAAGCCUAUCUAAAGUUAGAGGACUUUAGCUAUUACACUAUCACGCUGGCAGUACGGAUUGAUAGGAGAAAAACAACAUAAUGAAUAUAUUAAUUGCUAAUAUUAACAUCUACUUACAUUUGGGAUAUAAAUGCUUUAUACUUUUUUUUUUUUCCGUUAAUAAUACUUAUAUUUCUUAGCUCUUUUUUUAACUUUUGUUAAGUUAUACUGUUACUUUGUAUAGAGAAAUAACAUAGUAUACAAAAGCAAAUUAUACGAACAUUCGUAUAAUUAAUUCUUUGCAUCUAAUAUACUUCAAUAGAAUCAAUAGAAUCUCUUACGUC